AUCAAGAAUAAUGUCUUUUGAAUGCACGAUUAAGUGAUCCGGGACAACAGUACCCAUAUCAUGUCAUACGUCCAUCAGACUAUAGCGUACGAAUAAUAGUAAUAUCAUGUUAUUAUGUCACGUUAAAAAUCGACGAGAAAAAAAUGUUCAGAAAACGAAAAACGACGACAGAGACGUAGCCGACGUAACCGUCCCCGUUGAAAUCAUCUGUGGCGAUGGCAGCGGUGGUAGUUUCCGUUUUGGCAUAGAUGUCCGAAUUGGACAAGAUCGUGACCAUCUCCCGGUAGAUCCGUCGUGCUCUGAAAUGCUCGAUAUUUUAACGUCGAUGUUAGUCAUGUCAAGCUACUGCCUCAACGAUCACGCGGUGUGCGAAUUGUACAUGCUAACGCUAUUAAACAUGAAACGCGCCCAAGAAAACCUCUGCCUGCUGUGCCGUAAGUUGAUGAGCACGUCGACUACGGUCAACAAACUGAUCGAGUCGUCUCAUCUGGUGAAGGUGAAGUACUCUAACUCGCCCCACGGGUGCAUCCAGCUGGUUCCGGUGCGUACGCGAACGAACAUGAUUCCGCACGUGCCGAACUACCGAACGUCCCGUGCCAAGUGGGCGCUAUUCAUGUUUACUAGCGUCAGCAUGCACGAUUCGCAUACUGCAAGACCGUUGGGGGCAGUAGCAUGAUAUGACUGACAUCAGCGUCAGGCAUA